AUGGGGCUACACCUAACUCGCCUGAAAGAAUCGUUCUUGUGCAAAGGGGGAAAACCCACGCCGCUCAAAGAGAUCCGCAAGGGCAUCAGAGAGGCAGCCAAGCAACCAAAGCAGCAGAUGGCCUGGGAGGAGGAGGAGCUGGGGAGAUGGGUCGAGUGGAAGAAGGUUAUUGCACGCAGAGACUCGUUAGUGGUACCGGCCCCUUACGACCCCUCCGCGGCCCCGUCUAGACCCCUUGCGGCCCCGUCGCCGCCACGUGCGGCCCCGUCGCCGCCACCAGCGGCCCCGUCGCCACCACCUGCGGCCCCGUCGCUGCCACCUGCGGCCACGCAGCCGCCACCUGCGGCCUCGCCGCCACCUACGGCCCCGUCGCCGUCACCUGUGGCCCCAUCGCCCUCCCCUAGCGGCCCUGUCACCGCUCAGCCGCCCAGCGACCGAGCCGCCGAGCAGCCCAGCAGCCGAGCCGCCCACCUGCCGAGCAGUCGAGCCGCCCAACAGCCGAGCCGCCGAGCAGCCGAGCCGCCCAGUGGCCGAGCCGCCCUGCCGCCGAGCCGCCAAGCAGCCGAGCCGCCCUGCCGCCGAGCCGCCCAGCAGCCGAGCCGCCCAGCAGCCGAGCCGCCCUGCCGCAGAGCCGCCGAGCCGCUGCUGUUCCUACCGGUGCUCCCCGACCCUCCUUCCUCGGACUGGGGUGUUCCCCCUCCCCCCUCUUGCUCUCUGUUGCUUCUGCUGCUGCGGCCGACCUCGUUGGUUUCUCCGGGGUGGGCGCUGCGUCUGCCCCUAGCGGGAGACGCCGCAUCGGCAAGGGCAAGGGGGGCAAGGGCGCUGGAGGGGCUGGCGGGGUCGGUGGAGGUGGUGGUGGAGGCAGUGGAGGGGGUGGGGGUGGUGGUGGGAGUGGUGGCAGGGGUGGCGGCGGCGGCGGAAGAAGUGGAGGCGAAGGAGGUGGCGGUGGUGGCGGAGGGAGCGGAGGCGGCGGAGGUGGCGGAGGAGGCGGAGGUGGAGGAGGCGGCGAAGGCGGUGGCGGCAGCAGUGGACCUGGUCGCGGCUCUGCGCAAAGGAGUGGCUCCGGUGGUGGGCGGGGGUUGCUAUCUUUGA